ACGUUGGCAUUAGUGACGUUGUUCACGGUCAGACUACAAUAGAAUCACAAAUUAUAGCAUUAUCAUGCAGUGGCAUAUUCUAAGUUCAUUUAGAAGCAGUAAAAUAAUCUGUAACCCUACAGUGUGAAGAAUGUAUCAUUUCUUAAUGUGUGACUUUUAAUGUAUUUCUUUAUAUUUUUUAUUGUGUGAAUAUAAACAUAAUCGGUCAAACAUUAAACGCCAAUUGCACAUCAGACUUAAAUUAAUAAUUCUGUGCUGAGUUGGCAAUCUUGACGGUGACAACUCUGUAACUGUAUAUUGAAUGAUACCGUGAAUUCAAAGAAAAGUUUAGUAAUGAAUGUACUUAAACAAUAUACUUAAAGAUUAUUACUUAAUGAGCUAUGAGUGGCCAAAAAUUUCAAUACGACGAAAGUGGUGGAAUGUUUUUUUACUUUCUACUAUCAUUUUCGGCACUUCUUCAAAUACCUGUGACGUACUAUUUUUGGCCACGUUGUCCCAAACAAGAUCCUGAUCAAGAAGCAAAGGAGUGUCAAUGUGAUGGAUGCAAAAAGAAAAAAAUUAUUCUAAGACUUAAUAAACCUUGGAAAGAAACUAAGGCAUUAUUUGACAAAUUUCUUAUUAUUCUUGGAUGGGUGGUUCUUAUCUUUUUGACAUAUAAAGUUUCACAGUUUGAUUAUGAAAUGGCUAAUUUUGAUCCAUUUGAAAUACUUGGUGUAUCUUCUAGUGCAACUCAAAGUGACAUUAAGAAAGCAUAUCGUAAAUUAUCUUUAAUUCUUCAUCCUGAUAAAGAAACUGGAAAUGAAAAAGCUUUUAUGCGAUUGACUAAAGCAUAUCAAGCUUUAACGGAUGAAGAAGCACGAAAAAACUGGGAAAAAUAUGGAAAUCCAGAUGGUCCUGGAGCAAUGAGUUUUGGAAUUGCUUUACCAUCUUGGAUAGUUGAAAAAGAAAAUUCAGUGUGGGUUUUGGGAUUCUACUCAUUGGUGUUUAUGUUUGUAUUGCCAACAGCUGUUGGAAUGUGGUGGUAUAAAAGUAUUCGUUAUACUGGUGAUCAAGUGUUGUUAGCAACUACUCGAUUGUAUUAUAUUUUUUUCAUUGAAUAUCCUCAAAUGUCAUUAAAAAGGGUUAUAACAAUUCUUGCUGCUUCAUAUGAAUUUCAUAAGAAACGAAAUGCAGAAAUAGUUGAAAGAUAUACAGAUAGUGAAGAAAUUUAUUCGCUUAUUAAACAACUGCCAGAUUUAGGUGCAAAAAACAAGGCAAUAGCAUUAUGUGAUUCAUAUGAUGGCUCAUAUUCAAUUAAAGCUAGAGCUUUAAUCCAUGCACAUUUGUCUCGUAUACCAUUAAAUCCAAAUACAUUAGAAAAAGAUAAACAAUAUAUAGUAAAAAAAUGUCCAUACUUGAUUCAAGAGAUGGUAACUUGUGCUAAUAGAGUAAUUUUAUUAGCUUAUGCUAGAAGAGUUCCCCGUUUACCAAGUAUAAAAACUGUAGAAAAUUGCAUGAAAUUAUGUGCAAUGAUAGUACAAGGCUUUUGGGAAUUCAAAAAUCCUCUUUUACAGUUACCACAUAUAACUGAAGACAAUUUAAAAUGUUUCUUACCAAAAAAGCAUCAAAUCAAAAGUCUUCAACAAUUUGCACAAUUGAAAGGAGAAGAAAGAAGACUGAUUCUUAGACAUUUAUCAGAGAGUCAAUACGAAGAUGUAAUGAAAGUUCUUGGAAGUAUGCCAUAUAUAGAAUUCAAAGUACGAUCUGAAGUAAUUGAUGAUGAAAAUCCAACUGUUUAUACUGCUGGUGCUAUUGUGACUGUAACAGUAUCAUUAACUCGUAAAGAUAUGAAACAUUUAUUUGGAGAUGAUUCUAUCAAAGAACAAACUAUGAUUGAUGAUAGUAAACUAAACAAUGAAGCUCCUGACGAAGUGUCAGAAGAACAGAAUCAAACUGUAAAAAAGCCGGCGUGGCUUAGGCAAAAGAAAGUUCAAAAAAAGUCUCAUAAAAAAGGUACUAGUAAGAAAUUUACUUCUACAAAGAAUGCUCAGACACAAUUACAGUCUAGCAAUAACGCUCAACAAACAAAUACUCCUAAUGCAAAGAAAAAAGAAGAUAAAAUAGAGAAAGAGUCUUCCAAAGAUAAACUAUCUGAUGUCAGUGACAGUGAUGUUGAUAGUGACAGAAGUAAUGAUGAAGAUAAUCAUGAAAAAAAAGAUAUGUCUAUAGAUGACGAUGAUACAGAGUGGGAAAGAUUUCAGCAAAGAAUUUCAAAGAGAGAAAAAGUUUUAGAAGGAAGAAGUAAUAUAUCACAUGAAGUGCAUUGCCCACUUUUUCCAGAUGUUAAACAAGAAUAUUGGUGGGUUUAUAUUUGUGAUCGCAAAAGUCAAACUUUAUUAACAACUCCUAUUUAUGUUACGUCGUUAGCACAUUUUGAAGAAGUUCAGUUAAAAUUUACAGCACCACGAUGGCCAGGUGUUUAUACAUUUACUGUGUGUUUACGUAGUGAUUCUUAUCUUGGCUUUGAUCAAGCUCAAGAUAUUAAGCUGGAUGUGAAAGAAGCACCAAAAGUUCCCACAGAACAUCCUCAGUGGGAUAUUUCAGAUGAAGAAACAGCAGAAGAUGUAGAUGCAGCUGAUGAACAUUCCGAAUAUACAACUGAUGAAGAUAUCAGUGAUAAUGAAUAAUAUCUAUUUCUUUUGAAACAGUUGAAAGUUUCAAAACUUGUUUCAAAACUCUAAAUAGAUAUUGAAAAUGUUCGCAUUUUUCCUCUUUUUUUACUUUUCAAGUUAAUGUACAAUGAACUUUUAUACGUGAAAUUGCAUAAUUGUUAAUAUACGUGGACAAUCUAGAAAAAAUAGUAUGGUGUGUAAGAUUUUUCAGUGAAGAGAAAGUAAAUAGUAAAUGAAAAUCAUAUUUAUUUUAACAUUGUUGUUUAAUCCUCAGUUUAGGAUGUAUAUACAGUUUUUUUAAUAAAAUACAUUUCAAAAUA